AUGCAUCCAGAAUCACAAGUCCAGCCUCACGGCUGGGCAUCCCUCGAGGAGAGGUAUGAAGUGAUGAAGGAGAUUGGCGACGGCAGCUUCGGUAGUGUCGCACUUGCCCGCGUCCGAACUGCUGGCUCUCACAUUGCCCGCCGCGGCACACUAGUGGCCAUCAAGACCAUGAAGAAGACAUUUGAUUCAUUCUCAAGCUGCCUUGAGCUACGAGAAGUCAUCUUCCUGCGAUCACUACCACCACACCCUCACCUGGUACCAGCCCUGGACAUCUUCCUGGAUCCUUACACCCGUAGGCUCCACAUUGCCAUGGAGUUCAUGGACGGCAAUCUGUACCAGCUCAUGAAGGCUCGCGAGCACAAGCCCAUGGACGCACACAGCGUGAAGAGCAUCCUCUUUCAGAUCAUGUCCGGACUGGAACACAUUCACGACCGCGAGUUCUUCCACCGUGACAUCAAGCCAGAGAACAUCCUCGUCUCCACAUCGCAACAAAACGACACAUCGCACCCCUUCCGCCGAUACUCCGCCAUGAUGACACCGCCAUCGACACCACCAGUAUACACGAUCAAGAUUGCCGACUUUGGACUCGCCAGGGAAACCCACUCCAAGCUUCCUUACACUACUUACGUUUCGACCCGGUGGUACCGCGCUCCCGAGGUUCUGCUGCGGGCCGGCCACUACUCAGCACCAGUUGAUAUUUGGGCCGUUGGCGCCAUGGCUGUUGAGAUUGCCACAUUGAAGCCGCUGUUCCCUGGUGGAAACGAGGUCGAUCAGGUAUGGAGGGUGUGCGAGAUCAUGGGCAGCCCUGGAAGCUGGGUCAACAAGAAUGGUCAGCGAGUUGGCGGUGGUGAGUGGAAAGACGGAGUCAAAUUAGCACAGAAGCUGGGCUUCUCUUUUCCCAAGAUGGCACCGCACUCGCUCGACACAAUACUCCCCUCGCCCCAAUGGCCAGCCAGUUUGGCCCAGUUUGUCACAUGGUGUCUUCUAUGGGAUCCCCGAGCUAGGCCUACAUCCCGACAGGCUCUCGAACAUGAAUAUUUCCAGGAUGCCGUUGACCCCCUACGGCUCAAGUCUUCUUCCUCGCGACUUUUGGGCCGCAAGGGCUCUGAACUCUCUGGAAAAGACUCACCUGAGGCCUCACCCAAGCUCACAUCAAAGACGUCCUCGUGGCUCCGUCGAUCGUUGGUCGCUCGUGAGAGUGCCCCAGCAGUGCCUCAGCACAGCACUGUGAAGCCCCUAUCACCUGCACAAGCCAGUUCUGGUGAUGCGAGUGGGUCGACUAAGCAACGUCCCAAUGCCACUAAGCGAGCUACGUGGACAAACGGGGCUUCCAACAAUGGCGCGCCUAUCCCCAUUCUGCCUUCGAUUAAGCCAAUCUCACCGCUUUCUGCCGAGGUGACUGCACAAGCCAAUGUUCGUGCCAACAACGAAGAGCUGGCUGCAAAGAAGAUUGGUCGCCAGCUGUCUGUUGCUUCACACGGCAAUCACUACGCAGACAUGCACCGCCAAGAGGCCGAGCGGGCACUGAAUGGUCACUCCGACGUUGCUUCUCCUGUCAGUGGACACAAGGAAGGUUUCUUCUCACACCUCAGGAAGCGCGCUCGACGCUUGUCAGGUCGGUACCAAACCCCGAUGUCGCCGAACUCGGAUGACAUUGAGGCCAACGCCGGAUGCGCACCCUGGGCCACUGCCAGCAGCAGCGCUAGGCAGUCUUUGAUCAUGGAGCAGUCACCAGCUCCAGCCCCGUCAGCCUCGACGUCGGACUUUUCUGAACUAGACAAGGCGUUGCAGCAUGUAAGAGACAGCGUAGAAGCCCAUUCCCAACAGGCUGGUUCAAUAAAGAGCUCGCGCGUUGCAUCGAAUCCCAUGCUUAAGCGCCACCACUCGGUCCCACAUGGACCUGAGCCACGAAACGGAGAGACGAGUGGCGGUGCUCCUGUCUCAAGCAGGACACGUCGUGCGCUUCAAAACAAGUCGAACCCGUCCAAUCGGUACGAGACACCAAAUGAAGAAGAGGAGCUCCUCAGCGAGGUCCUCGCAUCAACCCACAAGGCUGCGAAAAAGCUGGACAACGAAAAGUCUGGCCCUGCUGCAUCUUACCUGACACCCUCACCGUCGUCAAACCGAAACAGCGUCGGUUUUGGGCAGUCGGCGUACGCGACCCCCAGCAAGCCCAUGGACAUCUCCAAGACUCGCCCCAACGACAACGACUCCGUGUCCAAGUGGCCAACACCACCAUCCGAUGGCGAUCUGGAUUGGGCUUCGAGUGUCGCGGCUAGCCUCAUGGCUGCCCAAACCCGACACCGAUGA